AUGGCUGACAAUGCGAUGGCCGCCUACUGGGCCCUGCCACCCGUUUCUAGGAAUCUGGUUACUGCUGCAGUGUUGACCUCCCUUGGUUGCAUCGUCGGGCUACUGCCAGUCAUGCGUCUAAUUCAUCACCCAUCGUACCUUUGGAUGUUUCCACCUCAAAUUUGGCGACUCGUAACAUGUUUCUUCAUCGAAACGCAGCCGAUCAACUUGCUCAUGAACUCGUUCUUCCUGUAUCGCUACAGCGCUCAGUUGGAGAUGGGGAACCCACGUUUCCCACGCAAGGUCGAUCUUGUGUUCUACAUAUUAUUUGUCUGCACCGUAAUUCUGAUGAUCGACUACCUGGCCGGACUGACGAGCUUCUUGUACAUGAACGGCCUCAUCCUUGCCAUGGUUUACACCAUUACCCAAGACCAGCGCGGCCAGAAAACACAGUAUUUCGUUCUUACUAUCCCCGCCCAGGCGCUGCCCAUCUGCAUGAUCAUUGUCGGCGCGCUCAUGGUAGGACCAAAGAAGGCAUUGGUCGAAAUUGAGGGUCUACUCGCCGCCCAUCUGUUCGAUUUCCUCGCCAGAAUCUGGCCUGAGUUCGGGAACGGCCCUCGACUUUUGAGAACCCCUGCCUGGCUUGAGCGUCUUGUGCAGACACCAAGAAUCACUGCCAGAGGUUUCGGUACUGCUAUCCGACCUGGGAAUUCACCGUCUUCUGGACGUAGCACUGGUGUCAGCGCAGGUCCUUUGCCAGAUUCGUGGCGGUCUCGUGGCCCGGGCCAGCGACUGGGCUGA